GCAAGAGUAUGUGCGUCUCGCUUUACGUAUAGUACAUUGCACAUUUGUUUAUUCCGUGUUCAACUCGCAGUGAGUUGUGUUGGACGAAUUUGCCGUAUUCAAGUAAUAUUUAGUGUGAUAUUCAACGAGUUGUCUCAAGGAUUUUCAAGCAUACAACAUUUUGGACCUGGACUUACAACAACAAAGUUACGUAAAUAUGAAGCCAUAUUUAAAAUUAUCCACCUCGCGUAAACCGUUGCAUAAAUUAUCAAUGAGACGAAGAAAUAUGAUUAUGAGAGAAUUACGGCGCAAUUUUCAACUACAAAAUUCUGAAGGAAAGAGUACAUAUAACGUAACCAAUGUAGAGUCCAAUGAUAAUUCCGUAUUGCAAAAUGUUUCAGCUUUAUCGCAAUGUACUUAUUUUAAUAACUUGCCUUCCGUUAAUGAAAAUAUUGCCAGCACAAGCAGUGCAAACGUAAAGGAUGAUAGAGCAUCAUAUUCAUCUUCCAUCUCUUCAGAUAGUUCUUGUGUAUUGUCUUCAUGUUUUAGUAGCUUGUCAGAACCAUCCUUUACUGAAAAUUUAGCUUCUUUAUUUGUUGAUUGCAAUUUGACGCAUAGCCAAGGAAAUAGAAUAUUAUCUGUUUUGAGAACACAUAUUUGUUUGUCUCAUUUGCCCAAAGAUGUAAGAACCUUGCUGAACACACCAAGGCAUCGUGUCGUUGUAUGCACUGUUGAGCCAGGGAAAUAUAUACAUUUCAAUGUGGAAGUAGCAAUUGUAGAAUAUCUUUCUAAUGUUCAAUGUGCAUCUGAUAUUAGAGAAUUAGAACUCGAUUUUAGUACUGACAGAUGUACAUUAGAUAGAUCAGGUACAAUUCAGAUUUGGCAGAUUCAGUGUAGAAUAUCAAAUUUACAAAAUUCAAAACCCAUCGUUGUUGGAAUAUAUAAAGGUGCACAAAAGCCUAACGAUGCUAAUGCUUUUUUUGAAAAAUUUAUUAUCGAUAUAACAGCUAUUUGUAAUGAAGGUGUAAAUUUUCACGGUGCUUUAAUACCAGUUAGAUUAAGAGCCUUCAUAGCUGAUGCACCUGCUCGAGCUUUUCUUUUACAUCAUCGUGGUCAUACAUCUUAUCACCCAUGCUCUAAGUGCAAAGUUAAUGGCAUGCCGAUCGAUGGUCGCAAUGUAUUUCAUGGUGUCAAACAUCUCCUUCGUACGGAUGAAGAUUAUAGAUUGCGUCGUGAUGAAAAUCAUCACAAAAAGGGCACAAGUCCGUUACCUAUGGGGAUGGUUUCGCAGGUCCCCUUUGAAUAUAUGCAUUUAGUAUGCUUAGGUGUAGUAAAAAAAUUAUUGUCUGCUUGGGUAUAUGGGAAAUACUUACGGAUGUUGAAACUGUGAGGAAGAUCGAUUUCAAGAAUUAGUGGUCGUUUAAAAAUGUUGACACAAUAUUGUCCUGCCGAGUUUGCAAGACGCCCUAGAUUUCUAGAUAUUUUUUCAAAGUAUAAAGCAACAGAAUUUCGCCAGUUUCUUCUAUAUACAGGACUAGUUGUAAUGUAUGGAAUAUUAGAUGACCACCUCUAUAAGCACUUCUUGCUUCUAUAUGGUGCUAUAAGAAUCUUGCUUUUAAAGUCUCCAUCAGAGAAACAGCUGAGGUUCGCGGAACUUGCACUGGAAAAAUUUGUAUUGCGUAGUAAUACUUUAUAUGGUUCUAAUUUCAUUAGUUAUAAUGUUCACGGUCUGCUUCACCUUACUAAUGACGUAAGACGCCUUGGUAAUUUAAAAUCGUUCUCCGCUUUUCCUUAUGAAAAUAAUAUGUUUAUUUUUAGAAAGUAUUGCAGGAAACCGGAUCAGCCUUUACAGCAAUUUUUUAAUCGAAUGACAGAGUUACGACUUCAUGGGCGAGACGAUAAUCGCGAUAUCGAUAUAUCUGUUCGCGUAUCAAUAUCACGUAGUAAUAGCAACACUAGUGUCCAUUAUUCAAAAAUUACAUUUAAUGGUAUAUGCCUAGGUACUCAUAUGCGAGACAAUUGUUGCAUUCUGCGGGAUGGAUCGAUCUGUAUUGUCGUUGACAUAAUUGCUGACACAGAUUCUUACUCUUUGAUUGUAAAGCGAUUUUUAGAGAUGGAUGAUUCUUUUAACAUUGGCCUGCCAUCUUCAGCGUUUCACGUAUAUCAAUGUAGUAACAUAAGUAGCGAUAGGCAUAUAAUUAAUAUUAAUCAAGUCAACUUAAAAGGUUACAGGAUGCCUCUGUUCGAAAAAACAUCGUCAGACGACAGCCGUACCGAAGAAGAGGACAUGGAAUCAUCCAAAUACAUCGUCGCCGCUUUAAUACACAUGGAAUAGAAAACAUAUGGUUAAAUGAUGCCGAGUCCCGUCAUAUAAGGACCGAUGGGCAGUGGGGUUUUAGUGGGUGCGAGUCCCACACUAUCUCCGGUCGCUUCUGCAUCUACGGCCGGGGAUGUGCAUAGGCAUUUCCCCAUUUAAAAAAAAAAAAAAAUCUGAAAUCGUAUAAUUUUAUUUUUCUAAUUUCUAAUUUUUCUAAUUCUAUUGUAUUAUCUAUGUAUAUUGUAAAUUCUUCUAAUUCUGUUAUAUAUUCGUCCGUGUUUGGUUUGCAGACGAUCAAGGAGCGUGCAGCGGAAAUCGCGACGUAAAAGGAAACGCUUGCCAUGCAGUAGUGCAAUUUUAUUACUAGAGUUAACGACAGUUUCGUUAUCGUUAUGUAUCUUUUGUAUACGUAGAAACGCUGCGCAACAAUAAUGAAACCGUCGUUAACUUCAAUAACGAGUUAAGCGGGAAGCACGCACUUUUGCAUAGGCAUAAUAAAUAAUACAUAAGGAAAUAAAUCAAUCAAAAUUCUCAUUUCUAUCACCACGCUUCAAAUGAAAGACUGGUUCAUUUCCUUAAGCAGGAUCUACAUUGGUCGUAUCGCAGCGUCGUAAUGUUUGUUACGACGCUGUGAUACUACGAUACGACCAAUGUAGAUCCUGUUUUAGACAUUUUAAAGGCGUCUUUUUGCAUGAUGUUUUUAAAACGAUUCAAAGACGUCUAAAAGGCUUCUUAUGUCCCGGUUUUACACAUAUAUGUUGUCCAGAAAGAUACAAAGCGCUAUCUGUAAAGUCCUUUGCACAAUACCAGGCAACAGGCAAUAAGAAUAAAAAUAGACCAAUCACAAUCGACUAUUACAAGAAUAAUCUAUUGUGAUUGGUCUAUUUUUAUUCUUAUUGCCUGUUGCCUGGCAUUGUGCAAGGGGAUUAACGGAAGCAAGGCGACAAGAAUAUAAAAGGUGCAUUCGCAACGUCCAUUUAAAAUCUUUUUUGACAAGAUUUAUGUUACAUCGCAAACAUUAUUUAUAUAAAAUAUGUAUUUCAUAUUUUUACAAAAUAAAAUAUACAUUUCUUGUCUACUUC